UGGCGCAGCGCGCGCCCCCUCCCCGGCCCCCGCGCGGUGGGAACCGGCAGCCCCGUCUAGCGCUGACGUCAGACCGUCUGCCUGCCUCCGACCGCGGUCUCGGAGCGAAACCCGAUCUCCUUGGACUUGAAUGAGGAGGAGGCGGCGGCGGCGGAGGCGCUCGGCUGCGGGAAGCCAGCAGCAGAGGCUCAGCCCCGGCGGCAGCGCGCGCCCCGGCUGCCAGCCCAUUUCCCGGACGCCACCCGCGGGCACUGCCGACGCCCCCGGGGCUGCCGAGGGGCGGCCGGGGGGCGCAGGGGAGCGCGGCCCCGCGCACUGAGUCCCGCAGCGCCCCGGGAACUUGGCGGCGCCCCGAGCCCGGCGAGCCGGGGUGCGCCUUCCCCGCCGCGCGCCUCCUGCAUGCGGGGCCCCAGCGCCGGGCGCCGGCCGGAACCCCCCCCGGCCGCCCCCGUGCCCCCUGCGCCCCGCGCCGAGCCGCCGCGCCGUCCAUGCACCGCUUGAUGGGGGUCAACAGCACCGCCGCCCUCGCCGCCGGGCAGCCCAAUGUCUCCUGCACGUGCAACUGCAAACGCUCUUUGUUCCAGAGCAUGGAGAUCACAGAGCUGGAGUUCGUGGAGAUCACCAUCAUCGUGGUGGUGGUGAUGGUGAUGGUCGUGGUGAUCACAUGCUUGCUGAGCCACUACAAGCUGUCCGCGCGCUCCUUCAUCGGCCGCCACAGCCAGGGCCGGAGAAGAGAAGAUGCCCUCUCGUCGGAAGGAUGCCUCUGGCCCUCAGAGAGCACAGUGUCAGGCAACGGAAUCCCAGAGCCGCAGGUCUAUGCCCCUCCGAGGCCCACCGACCGUCUGGCCGUGCCCCCCUUCACGCAGCGGGACCGCUUCCACCGCUUCCAGCCCACGUACCCCUACCUGCAGCACGAGAUUGACCUGCCGCCCACCAUCUCGCUGUCGGACGGGGAGGAGCCCCCGCCGUACCAGGGCCCCUGCACCCUCCAGCUGCGGGACCCCGAGCAGCAGCUGGAGCUGAACCGGGAGUCGGUGCGCGCGCCCCCGAACAGAACCAUCUUCGACAGCGACCUGAUGGACAAUGCCAUGUUGGGCGGCCCCUGCCCCCCCAGCAGUAACUCGGGCAUCAGCGCCACAUGCUAUGGGGGCGGCGGGCGCAUGGAGGGGCCGCCCCCCACCUACAGCGAGGUCAUCGGGCACUACCCUGGGUCCCCCGCCUUCCAGCACCAGCAGAGCAGUGGGCCGCCCUCCUUGCUAGAGGGGACCCGGCUCCACCACGCGCACAUCGCCCCCCUGGAGAGCACAGCUGCCUGGAGCAAAGAGAAGGAGAAACAGAAAGGGCACCCUCUCUAGGAAUCCCGGGCUGGGGCAGCAGGAGGUAAAAGGUGAAACACUCCGCACCUCUUAAACGAGAAGACAGAGGAGGACUGGGCGGCACCCACAACGUUCGGCGCGUCACCAUCCUCUCCCCCUCUCUCUGUGUAUAAAUAUUUACAUGUUCUGUCUGGUCUGAAUGCACAAGCUAAGAAAGCUUGCA